CACCGGUGGACUGUGGUGAUGGCAAGAUGGACGGUAUUUAAACCGCCCAGGAGCGUUCACUGCCACGGUAGGACCGAAGCACACAGGCUCAGGCUCGGAUUCAAGAUGCCAAACUGGGGAGGGGGUGCCAAAUGCGCAGCCUGUGAGAAGACGGUGUACCAUGCAGAGGAGAUCCAGUGCAACGGGAGGAGCUUCCAUAAGACCUGUUUCAUCUGCAUGACCUGCAGAAAAGGACUGGACAGCACCACGGUUGCAGCGCAUGAGUCUGAGGUUUACUGCAAGUCUUGUUAUGGCAAGAAAUAUGGGCCAAAAGGCUACGGAUACGGGCAAGGAGCUGGAGCUCUGAGCUCUGAUCCCCCUGGACAGAAUGUAGACCUGCAGCCUCAUGACUCUAAACCACGACCAGCUUCUUCAAACUCCAAUGCCAAUAAAUUUUCCCAGAAGUUUGGAAGUUCAGACCGCUGCCCUCGCUGCUCCAAAGCCGUCUACGCAGCAGAGAAGGUCAUGGGAGCAGGAAAGCCCUGGCAUAAAACCUGUUUCCGCUGCGCCCUUUGUGGUAAAAGCCUGGAGUCGACCACAGUGACAGACAAGGAUGGAGAGCUGUACUGUAAAGUUUGCUACGCCAAAAACUUCGGUCCAAAAGGAUUUGGACUGGGAAACGCUGCCAUGUUGGAGGAACAACAGUGAACAUUUCUGGUUUUUAGAAAUGUGUGUGCGGCACACGGCAGCUGUUUGAGUGGAGACUCAGCCUUUACCUCUACAUUGGAUGAUGUCUGCAAUACAUGAUAGAUGCCAUAUCGGGCUGGGCUGGUAAAAUAACAGUCGAGCAACAUUUGUAAGCUCGCUAUUAUCUUGAAAAUUGGGUAAAAAGAUA